AUGACAUCAAGGCUGAUGGGGACACAGCACAUCCAAUCUUGUCUAUUGCUGUGGACCAGAAGAGUUUUACACAUAAGUCACAGCCCCAGAACGUGACUCAAAAUGAAGGGCGCUUUGAUUCAUCUGUGUCUGUGCUGGGCACAGAAGGUUUCUCCUCUGGGAAACAUUACUGGGAGGUGGAAGUUGAAAAAAGCAAUGACUGGGACCUGGGAGUAGCAAGAAAAUCUGCUCCGAGAAAAGGAAUAGUGUCUCUGUCACCUAAAGAAGGAUUCUGGGCUCUGGGCUUCAGUUGUAAAAGUUACUGGGCAAGAACUGAUCCAUGGACACGGUUAGUGGUGCAGAAAAAUCCCAAGAAAGUUGGAGUUUACCUUGACUGUGAAGAGAAAACUUUGACUUUUUUCAAUGUGACUGACAUGUCUGUGAUGUUCACUUUUAAAGACUGUGAAUUCUCAGAAGAAUUGUAUCCCUUCUUUAAAAACUCACACAAAGAAUCAACCAUGAGAAUUUGUUCAGUUAAAGAAGAAUAA